AGUUUAGUAAAAUCGCCGCAAAACAUUUGCAAAUUAAUUUGCUCUGUUCGAAAAAGAAGUCUACACACCGGCCACCUUCGCUAUACAACUCUCCUAGAGGAAUUACAAGAAAAAUGUAGAUGAAAAAUUCUCGAGAUUUUCUACUUAUAAGUUAAAAACUGAAAGGCCUCUAUUAUGGUAAUUGUACUGCGCUGAAGAACAGGCUUCCUGUAUUUGGAUCUCCUCAAAACCCUUCACAAAACCCAUCAAUGACUUGAAUUUUCCGUCUGCAAUUUUCCGGCCGUACCGAUAAAGGAAAAGAACAGCUAUGAGUCAACCACCUGUGGUUCUAGCUACAGCGAGCUAUGAUCACACCAUUCGAUUCUGGGAUGCAAAAAGUGGGCGGUGCUAUAGGACCAUCCAGUACCCGGAAUCUCUAGUGAACCGGCUUGAGAUUACCCCAGAUAAACGCUACCUGGCUGCAGCUGGAAAUCCUCAUAUUCGGUUAUUUGACAUUAACUCAAACAGCCCUCAGCCUGUGAUGAGCUAUGAUUCACACACUAAUAAUGUUAUGGCAGUUGGAUUUCAAUGUGAUGGAAAUUGGAUGUAUUCAGGUUCUGAAGAUGGCACAGUGAAGAUUUGGGAUUUGAGAGCACCAGGUUGUCAGAGGGAAUAUGAAAGUCGUGCCGCAGUUAAUACUGUUGUUUUGCACCCAAAUCAGACUGAGCUGAUAUCUGGGGACCAAAAUGGCAACAUUCGUGUCUGGGACUUGACAGCAAAUUCAUGCAGCUGUGAGUUGGUUCCUGAAGUGGAUACAGCUGUACGAUCUUUGACCGUGAUGUGGGAUGGAAGCUUGGUAGUGGCUGCAAAUAAUCGUGGGACAUGUUACGUCUGGCGCUUGUUGCAAGGGACCCAAACAAUGACCAACUUUGAGCCUCUUCAUAAGCUGCAGGCUCAUGAUGGAUACAUCCUUAAAUGUCUCCUUUCCCCCGAGUUGUGUGAACCUCAUCGGUAUUUGGCUACCGCAUCUGCUGACCAUACUGUGAGAAUAUGGAAUUUAGACGGCUUUACCUUGGAGAAAACACUAGUCGGGCAUCAGAGGUGGGUUUGGGAUUGUGUUUUCUCAGUGGAUGGCUCUUUUUUAAUCACAGCUUCGUCUGAUUCAACAGCAAGAUUAUGGUCCAUGUCCAAUGGUGAGGAAAUCAAGGUCUAUCGAGGGCAUCAAAAAGCUACAGUAUGCUGUGCUCUUCAUGAUGGGACUGAUCCUUAUUCAUGUUGAACCUAGAGUGCAUGUUUGGUGUACUGCAUCCUGUACAGUACAAUCAUAAUAUUGUUCAAUGUUGUCUAAUCCUUUACCAAACGUGCCAAGACUAUACUUCCUCCUCCAUUGCAUAGUGAACUUUUUUACCGCAACCCUGAGGUGAGGUGAGGUGAGGCGAGGUGAGGCUCCUUACAGAAUGGAGCUUACUAAUUAGAUUUGAUUUCGAAAUUAUAUUUACUUGGUCACUUGUAUGGUUGUUUUGUGAAUAUGACUUGGUUUCAACUUCUUAUAGUUGAACAGCACAAUUUGUCAAUUGGGUCUUGUAUUUUAUUUGUGGACUCGCUGAACUUUGUUUUGAUUACAUCUAAUGAUUUUCUUAGUCUA